AUGAGGAAGAUGCUACCAUUACUUUUAACAGCUUUCUUCAUUCUCCCCCUUCUCGUCUCCCCGGCUGCUUCCCCAGCACCCGCCGUUGCCGAUGACCCAAAACUCAUAAAACUUGCUAUUUUCUGGCCAACCUCGCUCUGCAACGGCCGAACCAAGUGCAAGCACAACACUCCUCCGAAUCGAUUCACCAUCCACGGUCCCUGGCCCCUUUACCGGGACCCUCCCGAACCCGACCAUAUUGACUGGGAUUCUUUUCCGGCUGCCUUAAUGGAGGAGAUGAUGAUCAACUGGGCAAGCUACGGCACCACUACCAAUCGGCAGUUCUGGGACCAUGAGUGGAGAGACCACGGCAGGUGGUCGGGGCUGUUGCCGCAGCCGUACUUCAAACUGGGACUCACCCUCUUCCACAAAGUGGACCUGGGAGACCAUCUGAAGUCGGAGGGAAUGUACCCGGCCGGCCAGACCGUGGAUAAUAAAGAAUUCUCGGCGGCGGUUUCGAAGGUGGCGGGUGGGAAGAAUGUCAUACUGCUGUGCAACAAGGACAAGGAGAGCGUAGUGCAGCUGUACGAGGUCGAUGUCUGCGUCGACUAUGUCACGGCGGCGCAUGCCUACGCCGAUUGCCCGGAACCAACCCCAGGCUUGAAGUCUCUCUGUCCCGACAGGUUCCGGCUGACUGAAGCCGUUGUUACUAUCAAAUCUGCAGGCUCCUUCGGUUCUCAUCCGGUUCAUGCUGAGUAUUAA